AUGAAUCGUUCUAUUCUCCUGGUACUUCUUGUUUCUCUUAUUGCCAUGGCCUCUUGCAAAAGUUUGGCCUCAUCUGGUAGGGCAGCUGGAAUAAAUACACGUAGUUCUGCUCUUAGGGCUGACGAUGACGUCUCCUCUACCGCUGAAGGAACUCUUGACAACUCAACGACACCAGCUACAACUACAGAAUUGAGUGAAGCUUCUUCCACCACUACCACAGAAACUCCAACAACUACUUUACUUGCUGAUGCUGUCACAGAAACCUCAACAACAACCCUCUCUACUCCAGCUUCCGACGCUACAACCACUAUUAGUGUUGAUACCACUACUGUUACUACUGAAGCUACUACAGUUGCCAGUGCAAGCACAGACACACCAACUGAAAUGACAACUACUACUUCUGGAGGGGAAACAUCAACUGUCGGCGAGUCUACUUCUCCAUCUAGCCAAGAUCUUUCUUCUACUACAACCGCAUCGUCAUCCUCUGCUCCACAGAGGAGAUCAACAUCCAGUGAGUCUCCUGAAACAACAACAGCAGCUCCAGGCAGCUCAACUUCUACAGGAACUGAUGGAACAACAACAGCUGAACCUUCUGCUGGAAGUGCCAGUGAUAUUCAAUUUAAAACUAUAUUGAUUUCUAUUUUAUCAUUCUUAUUUGUAUUUUUAUUUUAA